GUGUCCUUUUAUAAAUAGAAGGGAAAAGACAUAGCUGUGAAAGCUAAAAGCUAAUUGCUCCCAUAUAAAUGAAUGGAAGAAGAGAUAGAAAAAAAUUUGGUUUGCAUUUACAAACAUUUAACAAAAAUUUGAUUUUGGUUAAGCUGAUUUUAGCCGGAUUGAGUUUGGUUUUGUACUAUGAUUCGAUUCGGUCACAUAUAAAUUAGGGUAAUCUUAAUUAAUAGUUACACAUCAAUGUGCUGUUCGAAUUUAAUUUUCCACUUUUAAUUUAUUAACUGAUUAAGUGUAACUUCAAUUCAGGUAAUAUCGAUUUGAAAAUAUAAAUGACAUUGAGUAACCUUGGUUAAGGUUUGAAUUUUUGGGUCACACACUUUCAAAGAGCUCGAGAUUUGCACAUUGAUUCCACCAAUCACUAUUCACUGCAUCCGAAAACGUCAAACAAAAUUAAUUACGGUACUUUAAUUUUUUAAUAAAAAAUAACACAUUAUAAUUAUAAUAUAUUAAAUCUCAUCAGUCAUCAGUGAUAAAACAAGAAAAUUGUGGUGCCCAACAUUGAAAAAACGAAGAAUUUGACAAAACAGAGUGAAACAAAAACAGAACUUUCUAAAAUAAGAAACUCCAAAAGAGGGGAAUUAAGAAAAACAGCAUAAAGGCAAAACGUAUAUAAAUGAAAUAAAAAGUAAAAUUGAGAGAUGAAACAAAGGUUAAGAUUUCCAUUUUGUGAGAAUAAGUUGGAAGAUACAGAAAUGGAAAGGAGUUCAAUGGAAGAUUCAAAUGAAUACAGUUACAGUCCACAUGAUGUUGUUUUAGGAUAGAUAAAUUUGAAAAGAAGAGAUCAGGAUUCAGGAUAGAUAAGUUUGAAAAGAUGAUGAGCAGUUGGCUAAAGAGUUCAGUAUGUGCAAAAAAACCAAACGACAUGGAUCCAAGAUCUAUGGAUGGUUCCAGCACUUUCAGUCUUACUAAUGGUUUUAUUCCAUCGCUUGGUGCGCGAAGUAACCGUGGCGUUACGCUUCGUCCCCUCACUGUGGCACCAUUUGAUCCUCGUUAUAGGGGAUGGGAGAUGUAUUUGGUGUUUUUGGUGUUCUACACAGCAUGGGUUUCUCCAUUCGAAUUCGGAUUCCUUAAGAAACCAUUGAAACCCUUGGCUGUUACCGACAAUAUUGUUAACGCUUUUUUUGCUAUUGAUAUUGUUUUGACCUUCUUUGUUGCAUAUGUUGAUCCACAAACUUACCUUCUUGUUGAUGAACGAAAGAAGAUUGCAUGGAAAUACUUAAGAAGCUGGUUUUUAUUUGAUGUUAUAUCAACUCUUCCUUCUGAACUUAUCGCCUUAAUCAUUCGUGACAGCAUCCGUAGUUAUGGCCUUUUCAACAUGUUACGACUAUGGCGACUCCGUCGAGUUAGUAGCAUGUUCUCCAGAUUGGAGAAAGAUCGAAAUAUCAGUUACUUUUGGAUCCGAUGCUGUAAGCUAGUUUGUGUGACUCUAUUUUCAGUUCAUUGUGCUGCAUGCUUUUACUUCUUCCUUGCAGCUCAUUAUCCAGACCCAGAAAAGACUUGGAUUGCACUCUCAUUUAAAGACUUUGAGACAGCAAAUGUGUGGCUUUUGUAUGUAACAUCAAUUUAUUGGUCUAUAACCACACUCACUACUGUUGGUUAUGGUGAUUUGCACCCUGUUAAUAUAAGAGAGAUGAUCUUUGACAUAUUCUUUAUGCUCUUCAAUCUCGGACUCACUGCAUACUUAAUCGGAAAUAUGACUAACUUGGUCGUUCAUGGAACAAGUCGAACCAGAAAUUUUAGAGACAAAAUACAAGCUGCUUCAAAUUUUGCUCUAAGAAAUAAGAUUCCUGUUCGGCUCCAAGAUCAAAUGCUUUCUCACUUAUGCCUCAAACAUAGAGCUGCUUCAGAAGGAUUGCAACAACAAGAAAUUCUUGAAUCUCUCCCUAAGGCUAUUAAAUCAAGCAUUUCACAUUACCUUUUCUAUGACCUGCUGGAUAAGGUCUAUCUAUUUCGCGGAGUCUCAAACGACUUGCUUUUCCAACUCGUUUCGGAGAUGAAAGCAGAGUAUUUUCCUCCUAAAGAAGAUGUGAUUUUACAAAAUGAAGCCCCAACAGAUCUUUACGUGUUAGUUCAUGGUUCCAUGGAAUGCGUUGUGUUAACACUUGGAGUUGAACAGAGUGUUAAGGAGAUAAAACCAGGAGAUGUGUGUGGUGAGAUAGGUGUUCUUUGUUACAGACCACAACUUUUUACUGUUCGCACCAAGAGAUUGUGUCAAUUGCUGCGUCUCAAUCGAACUUCUCUUCUCAAUCUUGUCCAAGCCAAUGUUGGAGAUGGAGCCAUUAUCGUGAAUAACCUCUUACAGCAUUUGGAACAACAUGAGGACCCAAUGACAAAAUCUAUUCUAAGAGAUGUUGAGAAAAUGCUUGCUGAAGGUAAAAUGGAUUUGCCGUUAAGUUUAGGUUUUGCUGCUGAAAGAGAGGAUGAGACAUUGUUACGAAACUUGAUAAGACGCGGUCGUCAUCCAGAUGAAACUGACAUGAAUGGACGCGCUGCCCUGCAUAUUGCAGCAGCUAAAGGAAAUGUUGGUAUUUCUACUACUCUUCUUGCCCACGGAGCUGAUCCAAAUAUUAAUGACUCAAAUGGAAACAUUCCUCUUUGGGAUGCAAUGUUGGCCCAGAAUGAUUCCUUAAUCAAAUUACUCAAAGAUCAUGGUGCCAAUCUAUCUCAUGGUAACGUACCUCAGUUUGCUGCAUCUGCAAUAGAGCAGGGAAACUUUCAGUUGCUAAAGGAUAUUAUUCUCCAUGGUGGAGAUGUAACGUUGGCCGGAAAAGACGGGUCUACACCACUUCAUGUUGCGGUUACUAGCGGAAAUAUGAAAAUUGUUGAGUUUUUAUUAGAUAAAGGGGCAGAUAUUGAUAAAUAUGACGAUGAUGGAUGGACACCCAGAAGUUUGGCUGAUUUUCAAGGGAAAGAAGACAUUAAGGCCUUGUUUGAGUCGAGGAAAAAAGAUAGUUCGGAAUCUGUCAUAAGAUUUCCUGAAAAAAGACCUAGCCCUCCUGCUCAGAUCAUGAAAUAUCCUAGUACUGGUACAAUAUUAGUUCCUCCAAACUCGGUGCAAAUGACUCGGGUUGAAAAGAACCCUAGGCGUCAGGUUAACAAAUUUCAAAACUCAUUGUUUGGGUUCGUUUCAGCUGCUACUAGAGGUGAAUCUGCUGAUCUAAGCAGUUUCUCCAGUAUGGCUGGAAACGAAAGAGCUAGAAUAGUUCUUAGGUGCCCGCAGAAGAGUGAAGUUACAAAGCUUGUCAUGUUGCCUAGAACUAUGCAAGAACUGCUCGAAAUCGGGCGUAAGAAAUUCGGAUGCCAAUGUACUAAAGUUACUACACCUGACGGAGCUGAAAUUGAUGAGAUUGAACUUAUUAGAAACGGUGAUCAAAUUACACUCAUAUGCUAAGACAAACAAAUCCAAGUGCGCUUCAAUUUGGUUGGCUUUACCUCUUGGGUGUUCCUUUUCUCCAUAACCAAGAUCAUCACAUACACACAUCAUGUAUAGGCUUGACUUAUAAUUGAUGAAUUGAAGAUAUUGUUUACAAAGUUGGCAUAAACUAAAAGAACAAACAAAUAAUCUUAACCCUUCUUGGUAAAAGUUACAUUGAGUAGCAACAUGCUAUUAGUCAUUCCUAUGGUUGCUAAUGGAGAAUUCCUUAGAGAUUUAAAUGCCAAUGUGUUUUUUGUGUGUGUCUUAUUUUGACAUAUGUAAUUGUAACAAUAUUCUCUGAAUACAAAGUUCUAUUUCAUCAUCUAAAA